ACCCAGAGCAGAAGUGGGCAAGCAGCCCAGUGGACUGCAGACCCCUUUUAGGGGAAGGACCUAACAGAUAAAUGGUUAGGGAAGAUACCCACCCCCCUACACACACACACACACCCCUUCCUUGGUUGAGACAAUCACAGCUGCUGCUUUAUUCUCUUUCAGUGGAAAAGGACCAGGAGUUCCCUGGUGGCUCAGCAGGUUGAGGAUCUGGUGUUGUCAUUGACGUGUCUCUGGUUACUGCUGUGGCUUGGGUUCGAUCCUCGGUCCUAAAACUUCAGCAGACCAUAGGUGUGGCCAAAACAAACAAACAAACAAACAAACAAAGGAAAAGGGUCCAAUAUCAGAGGUUGCGAGGCCUCUCAUUUGACUAUUGAUUCUCCUUCUAGGCUCACUGCUAAAAAAAAUGCCUCAAGGUUUGUCUUCAGGUAUUACAGGAUUAGAAAUUAUGGAGAAAAUACUUUCAUACCGGUAUUCUUUUUAAAAAAUAAAAAAUAAAGAAAACCACCUAUAAACUUUGUUUUCUAGAGCCGAUGGCCCUGUAGCUGUGGAUGCUGGAAUAACUUUCUCCCCCCUCCCCCGCCGCCCCGUGGUGGGAGGGAGGGAGACUUAAGCCUCCUCCUUUGUCUGCCCCGUUGGUUUCCAGUGCUCUGCCUUGACCACUUAGCGCUCUCUCUGAAUAGCUAUAGGUCGGGAAUAGUGGGCAGGAGCGUCAGAGAAGAGUUGGCGUGAGAACGGAACAGCACCACAGAAUAGAAGGCGAGAGGGAAAGAAAGCAUCUCGGAGGAAGAAAAUACUGCUGCCUGGUACCCCCCCCAGCAGAGAUAUCCGGCCUAUUGUGCCCACACCACUCACCCGCCGAAGAAUUGCAGGCUUCAGUGGUGACAAGCUCAGGCAAUGAUGGGAAGGAGAGUGGGCCCCUUCUGGGAGAAAUGAUUUCAAGCACAGGAAAGCCAAGACAUGUGGAGAUGUGAUGGAGACCUGAGAAUGAACCUGGGGGCGGGGGAAUGGGACCCCUUGGAUUGAGAACAGAUUAGCCCAUUUUUAAUGACGGUGGAGUGUGGAAGUGGCGCCACCCCAAUAAGGGGGUUUCAGCCCUGGGUUUCAAGAACCAGGGCAAGGAUGAAAGAAGCUAAGUUCAUGCAUGAAAGCCAAAAUUGGCCUCCUCACUGUGGGAGCCGCAGUUGGUUUUCUCGGGGGCAGAAGGCACACACUAAAUCCAGCAACAUAAUAACUGGAUUUAUGCUCCCCUCGCUUUUGCUUGGUAUUCAGCAAGACCUUGCUUAAUUGUCCUUGAAUCUGCCUUAAAGGUUGUUGUUAAAAAUAAGAACACAUGGAGGACUGAGUGCUUAUUACGAACAUUAUGAAUGAUAUGAUUCAACGACACACAAAAUUAUAACUUGAAAGUCGUGGCUUCAGUUCUCAUAUAAGCUCAUUACCAUUGUCUCAAGAUGUGGGCAGUUAUUGGGCAGUCAUGGGCACUAUUUUUUUCAAUACUUUACCUUCUUCUAAGUACAUUUGUAUGAACAGGGUUGCUACCUACAUGUUGAACCACUAUUCAAAUCUGAUACUGAUCACAGAAAUACAGCGUAACCUUUAACAAUAUUUAGAGAAUGACACUUUUAAAUAGUAAAGACAGUCGUUUGCUUAACUAUCAUUGGAUGAGGUUAUAUUUGGAUAAUGUCAUAAUUGGAUAACUACAUCCACACUACAGAGUGUUUUAGUGGAUUUGGGGAGGACAAAGAAGGAAGAGAAGUGAAGACGUGGCUAAUGAAAGAGAAGAGCCCCUAUUAUUCUAGAUGACCUAAUCUUUUGAGAAUUUUGCAUCCUUUCCAAUUUUUUUUUUUUUUUCCCAUCCCAAGAGGUAUGGAGAUGGGUUCCCUUUGCUGGAGCGAUUAAGGGAACCUUCAAAGGCAGGACUCCUUAUUCCUGAGGAUUAUACCUUCCCCGAGGACUCUUUGAAGAAGUCCUGAAAACAAGGGGAAGAAUGUUAAUGGGAGAUAAGGCACCCACCCCAGGCCUGUGGGACAAGGUGGAGGAAGGCAGAGGGCAAAAAUGAGAAGAACCCCACCGACAUGAUUCUUUUAAAAAUGUUUUGAUCAGAUGAGAUAAAAUGAAACGACAGAGAUGCUCUUUGAGACCUUUGGCCUACUUUAAAUGCAAAUCGAAGAUAAAUCCGGAGGAAUGGCGGCCCUAGAUAGUAAGGCGUCAGGGAAGAUGGGGAUGCGAGCCGUAGUCUAUUACAUGACUACCACCGUCAUUGCCGUGGUGAUUGGCAUAAUCAUUGUCAUCAUCAUCCAUCCUGGGAAGGGCACAAAGGAAAACAUGCACAGAGAAGGCAAAAUUGUACAAGUGACAGCUGCAGACGCCUUCCUGGACUUGAUCAGGAAUAUGUUCCCUCCAAAUCUGGUGGAAGCCUGCUUUAAACAGUUUAAAACCAACUAUGAGAAGAAAAGCUUUAAAGUGCCCAUCCAACCCAAUGACACACUUGUGGGCGCCGUGAUAAACAAUGUGUCCGAGGCCAUGGAGACGCUGACGAGGAUCAAGGAGGAGUUAGUCCCAGUCCCAGGGUCUGUGAACGGGGUCAAUGCCUUGGGACUCGUUGUCUUCUCCAUGUGCUUCGGAUUCGUGAUUGGAAACAUGAAGGAGCAGGGGCAGGCCCUCAGAGAGUUCUUUGACUCGCUUAACGAAGCCAUCAUGCGUCUGGUGGCCGUGAUCAUGUGGUACGCCCCUCUGGGCAUCCUCUUCCUGAUUGCAGGGAAAAUUGUUGAGAUGGAAGACAUGGGAGUGAUUGGGGGGCAGCUGGCCAUGUACACAGUGACAGUCAUCGUGGGCUUACUCAUCCAUGCCGUCAUUGUCCUGCCCCUCCUCUACUUCUUGGUAACACGGAAAAACCCAUGGGUUUUCAUCGGAGGGUUGUUGCAAGCACUCGUCACAGCUCUAGGCACCUCCUCCAGCUCUGCCACCCUACCCAUCACCUUCAAGUGCCUGGAAGAGAACAAUGGUGUGGACAAACGUGUCACCAGAUUCGUGCUCCCAGUGGGGGCCACCAUUAACAUGGAUGGGACCGCCCUCUAUGAGGCUUUGGCUGCCAUUUUUAUUGCUCAAGUUAACAACUUCGAACUGAACUUUGGACAGAUUAUCACCAUCAGCAUCACAGCCACGGCGGCCAGUAUCGGGGCAGCUGGGAUCCCUCAGGCGGGCCUGGUCACUAUGGUCAUCGUGCUGACAUCCGUGGGCCUGCCCACUGACGACAUCACGCUCAUCAUCGCGGUGGACUGGUUCCUGGAUCGGCUUCGCACCACAACCAAUGUCUUGGGAGACUCCCUGGGAGCCGGCAUUGUUGAACACUUGUCCCGACAUGAACUGAAGAACCGGGAUGUCGAAAUGGGCAACUCAGUGAUCGAAGAGAAUGAAAUGAAGAAACCAUAUCAGCUGAUUGCCCAGGAAAGCGAAAUCGAGAAACCCAUCGACAGUGAAACCAAGAUGUAGACGGACAUAAAAUGUUUCCUUGAGCACCCGGUGUUUGAAAACCGCUAUGACAUGUCUCCAUCUCGUUACAACUCAUUCUCUCCAGUAAGCCCCCUACCUCCCUUUUCCUCUCUACUCUGAUAGGAUUGGGAAGAAUUCAUCCCAAAACAAGGGAGGAUUUUGCAGUGGCCCAAAUGUGUAGUUCUCAUCCCACGUUUGAAAUGUUUCCAUCAUGUCAUGCUAGUCUUAUCUAUUAAGGUCCUGCGAUCAGAAAUGGUCUUGGAUCUUAAAAGUUGAUGUGGCACACAAUCCUGUAAAUGUGAUCAUUCUUAUAAAUUAAAGCGUCAAAACGAAUAGUAAGCUGAAGACAUAGUUUUAAAUCAACCUUCAAAAUUUACAAAUCCUUCAGGAUACAAUUCAGUUUUAGUAUCAGAACACAGCAACCUGAUAAGCAGUGGGUUCUCAGUUGGACAUUGGAAGAGGUUUUUUUUUUUCCUCCCAUUCUCUUGAGAUUUGUGUCUUUAUUUUACCAGUAGCAGGACAAUAGAAAUACACAACUAGCACAGCCGUGAGGAGGCAUGUAAAGUGAAAUUUCCCUGUGGCUGUGGGCAAGUCUCGUCUCUAGGUCUCAGUGUUUUCAUCUGCAAAAGGAACGAGUUGUCUAGAUGUCCUUAUGGUUGAUUCUAGCCCAGAGGUACUGAGGCGCCAUGGAAGAGCCUGCCCUCUACUCCCCCUUGGGACAUCCCAUGGCAAGUAUCAUUCCACAGAGCAUGGGACUUUCAGCAGAGAGUUGUUGGGAGUGACCAUUUCUAGGGAGGGGCAGGGUGGCUGUGCAGUUUACCAGGUUCCAUGUCCAGAAUGGCAGAGUCAGCAGGCUGGAGGCCAUUCCAGGAGUGGAUGUGCUCCCCCAAACUCUGCCUUGAUCUUCCCAACAGGGGAUCCAUUCCCUUCACUCUUCCCAAACUAAAGGGAACCACGCUAGGAAGAGUGUCUCCCACCACUCCUCAACUGAUGAUAGACCUUUAGAAAAUACCACGCAAGACUAGCAACUAGCAAGCAUGCUAUGGUCUUACUAUGGAACAGUAAAGAGCCAGCCAGGAAAGAGUGGAGCAUGGUUGACGUGAUAAAGAGAGGAUUUUAGAAUACCAAGGUUAUACGUCAUCUUUAAGGAAGAGUUUUUUAGAAGGAGAGAUUCUUAAAAGAAAAAAAAAACAACAAACCUGAAACUUUUUCUCUUCAGUUCAAAAAUCAUUCCCUAAGGAAGUCUGCAAAUCAAAAUAUAAGGUCACAUGUAUUUUCAAAUCAAAUCAAUGAGCUCUCUCUACUAGAGGCCCAUGAGCUGCAUGGGUGGUCUCUUAUUUGAAAAAGUUUUUUUUUUUUUUUUUUUUUUUACUAUAAUCAAAAGUUCUUAGAAUGAGAGAAACAGGAUAUUUCUUUGUGUUGGAAUUCCACUCACCAAAUCUUUCGAAACCUUCAGCUGGAAUGGGAAUUAUUUUGGUUUUGUUUGUGUCCCUGGGAGAAAUGGUAGAAGAAGCAUCAGUAUGAAGCCACAUCAGUGGGGUUCCAAGAGGGGAGAAAAAAAGAGGCCUUAGUUUCAGGUGAGGCAGCUACCAGGUUUAAAGGAGAUUAAUAUUUGUACUCUAAGGAAUAUCCAGUCAAAGAUGCAGAGCGGGAGCUGUCAGACAAUACCAGCUGUGUUUGAAUUACUCAUGUAAAUGGUGAAGAAUGGACUUAAUUAUGCUAACAGACUGAAAAUCUAGACCGCCAUCCUCUGAUAUACAAUUAGAGAUGUUUUUAUAUAGAUCGCCAGCAUUAUGUGUGUACAAAAGUUAACGUUAGGCUGUGGUGGAGUAACCCUUUAAUGUCAAGG